GGACUUGAAUGAGUAUGUUAGGUAUGUCCAAACUUUUGACUGAUACUGUAUGAGGUAUUGACUCAUAUACUACUGAAUAUCUUUAACUCAACUAUGACGCUGUCGAUUUUUACAACAUCACAAUUGAAUAUGAAAUAGUAAAGCAAAUUAUACAAAUGUAGCCAGACUUUUAAAAACUUUUUGGAAAGGGUGAUAAAAUGUCGCGAUAUGCGCAAUGUCCUCUGCUCUUUGUGGUUGUCUCAACCAAUAAAAUCUCGCUCUGGGUUCCUGCUUCUAGCUUCCAUUACACAACGACACGCACCACCACCAGUUAGUAAGCGUUGUCGGUUUAAAGGCUUUAGACCACCUAACUAUAGUGUCAUGAAAAUAAGCAAAAAUAAUUUACAGUAAUAUAUAUCAACUGUAUCUUUAAGGUUCAUUCAUUCGGAAAUUGACAAAAGAAGAAAAGACGAGCGAAACCUAAGGGACGUCGACAAACCGGCAAACAAAGAGAUCCCUUCUCGACGACAACAUUUUUCCUCAAUAUUCUUUAGUUAUGAGUCAUGUGGCCGUCGAAAAUUUACACGGUCUAGAACAGCAG